ACUACCCACAACUUUCCUAUCAGCAUUCACAUGUCUUAAAAUGUUGUUAGAAUUGUUAUUUUUUAUUUCCUAACCAGGUUCUCUUCUGAGCCAGGAUGGAGAAAAUAGCAGGCAAUUGCAUGAAAUUAAGUUCUUUAUUCUUCACCCAAGAGCAAAAGCAAUGACAGCAAGCUGUUAGGUCCUCCAGAGUUUUAAAGUCAGCACCUCUGUCCCUUCAGACCAGCAAAGCAGUAAAUAAUGGUGACAGAGAAAGAAGUUGAGUUGAUUGGCCGGAUUCUGGUGGACCCCAGACAACCCUUAAAGGCACGCUUCCGGGCACUCUUCACCUUACGUAAUUUGGGGGGUCCAGCUGCCAUUGAGUGGAUCAGUCGAGCCUUUGAAGAUGACUCUGCUCUCCUGAAGCAUGAGCUGGCAUAUUGCCUUGGCCAGAUGCAGGAUGAGAGGGCCAUCCCAGUCCUCAUUGAUGUGCUCCAGAACACAUCUCAGGAACCCAUGGUGCGACAUGAAGCAGGUGAAGCUUUGGGUGCUAUUGGGAAUCCAAAAGUACUGGACAUCUUGAAACAAUUUUCUGAAGAUCCUGUUGUCGAGGUAGCAGAGACCUGUCAGCUGGCUGUGAAGAGGCUGGAAUGGUUCCAGGAGCACAAGGCAAAAUCUGCCAACAGCCCCUACUGCUCUGUGGACCCAGCACCUCCUGCUGAGGAGAAGGACGUGGGGAAGCUGAGGCUCACCCUGCUGGAUGAGUCACAGUCACUCUUUGAGCGCUAUCAAGCUAUGUUUGCAUUACGGAACAUUGGAGGAGAAGCUGCUGUCCUGGCACUUGCUGAUGGCCUCCAGUGUGGCAGCGCCCUCUUCCGCCACGAGAUUGCCUACGUGCUGGGCCAGAUGCAGCAGGAGGCCUGCAUCCCGCAGCUGACGGUGUCCUUGGAGAACAUGGCUGAGAAUCCCAUGGUGCGCCACGAGUGCGCUGAGGCUUUGGGCUCCAUUGCCAAAGCCUCCUGCCUGACCACCCUGGAGGCAUUUGCCCAGGAUGCGGAGCGGGUAGUCCGGGAGAGCUGCGAGGUGGCACUGGACAUGUACGAUUACGAGAACAGCACUGAUUUCCAGUAUGCUGACAGUCUGAGCAAGCUGAAGACCUUCAGCUGAAGGGAACAGCCAGGAGGGAGACUUCUCUCAGCUGUGCCUCCCACGUUUCUCUUGGCCAUUUCAGUGUCAUUCGUUGUCUGCGGUUUCCAUAAGAGGGAUGGAAGGAGACAGUGUGGAAGAAACCUUUGUGCCCCAGCCAUUAACUUAUUUUCCUUUUUCUCUGCUCGGUGGAAGGGGGAUGCCACAGUUGUUGUUUAAGAACUUUGAAUUAUGUUGAUAAUGGAAAAGUUUUGCAGACAAAAAAAAACCCUUUUGCCAUGAAAACUGGUUGCCAUUUUCUAUUAAAAGAGCUCCUCCUCACC